AGAAACAACAAAUAACUUUACUCCUUCCAUUGAAUUUCUCUCCUUCUGAUCUCCUCUUCUUCCAUUGAAUUUCUCUUCUUCUUCUUCAACAAAAAAAUAAAAAAGUUUCUUUAACUCCUUCCAUUGAUCGAACUUCUCUCCUUCUGAUCUCCUCUUCUUCCAUUGAAUUUCUCCUCUUCUUCUUCUUCUCUUAAAAAAAAAAAGUUUCUUAAUUCCUUCAAUUGAAUUUCUCUUCUUCUUCUUAAAAAAAAAAAGUUUGUUGACUCCUUCCAUUGAAUUUCUCUUCUUCUUCUUAAAAAAAAAAAAAAAAAAAAGAAGAAGUUUCUUAAUUCCUUCAAUUGAAUUUCUCUUCUUCUUCUUUAAAAAAAAUAAAAAAUUCUUGACUCCUUCCAUUGAAUUUCUCCUCUUCUUCUUAAAAAUAUCUCUCUCUCUACAUCUAGGCUUUUAUUGCUGGUAAGCCACUGCUAAGUGAAUUCCAGUUUUUAAACACAAAUUAUAGCUGCUCUGCUGUAGAUUUCUUCUAAGUAUUCCGGACUCAUAAAGGUGAUUUUAUAAAUAAUUUGAAUUCAUCAAGCGUAUAUAUAUUUGGAAGACAGGAUGGGGCAAGUAAUAUCGGCAGCAUUUCCAACAAUAAUUGAGGCCGUUAAGGGAUGUUUGGGUUUGAAUGAAAGUGUGGAAGAUCUUCAAACACAAGUAAAUCAACUUACUAACCAGUUGGGCGACUUGCACACAAAGUUGACAAAUUUGGAACAAGGAGGUAAAAGGAAGAGGAAGCAAGAAGUUAUUAGUUGGAUUGAGCAAGCAACAAAGCUGAUAAACGACUUUCCAACUGUAAAAGAUAGAGCAAUACACGGGCCAAGCUGGGACGUCUGGGAGAAGUAUUUAAGUAUAAAUCGUGUCAAAAAGAUGAGUGAAGCAGUUAAAGAUGCUAAGAAUGAUCUCAGAAAUAUUGGUGAACUUACAGUAGUUGAUGUGGAUGAAAGCACAAUACCUUCACUAUUUGUCUCUGAGUUAUCUGGAAAGACAUCAAAUGUUUAUUUAGAGAAAUUAUAUAGAUGGUUAGAGGAUGAUAACAUCUCGAGCAUUGGUGUGUAUGGGAUGGGAGGUGUUGGGAAGACAACAUUAAUGAGACAUGUACAUAAUCAAAUCCUCCAAAAAAUGUCGGGUGUUAAAGUUUACUGGGUUACAGUUUCUCAAGAUUUUAGCAUAGAAAAGUUGCAAGAUGACAUUGCUAGAACUGCAGGGCUUCAAUUUCAUGAUGAGAAUGAAGAGCUCAGAGCUACCAUUUUACACCAACACUUAGUGGGGAAGAAAACUGUGCUCAUAUUGGAUGAUGUGUGGAAGUUCAUUGACUUGGAGAAAUUGGGUGACCCUCAUAGGAUUGAAGGGUGCAAGUUCAUUAUAACUUCUCGCUCAUCAGAAGUGUGCCGUCAAAUUGGAUGCCAAAAUUGUUUAAAAGUUGAUGUUUUUAAUGAGGAGGAAGCUUGGAAUUUGUUCAAGCAGAUUCUAUUAAUAUAUGAUCAUAUAGUGGUCAGCAAUGCAAUUGAAGAACAUGCCAAAUCAUUGGCCAAAAAGUGUGGGGGCUUACCAUUGGCACUGAAAACUGUAGCCGCAAGCAUGCGAGGAGUCAAUGAUGAUCACAUCUGGAGAAAUGCCGUUAAGAAUUUUCAAACUGCUUCUCAAUUGGAAACCUUGGAAAAUAAUGUGUUUCAAAGACUCGAAUUUAGCUACAACAGAUUAAAUGAUCAAGGGUUGAAAGAGUGUUUCCUUUAUUGUUGUUUGUAUCCUGAAGAUGGUCAAAUUAAGAAGGAUGAAAUAAUAAUAAAGUUCAUUGCAGAGGAAUUAUGUGAAGAUAUAGACGAGGGUCAUUCCAUAUUGAAAAAACUAGUAGACGUUUUCUUAUUGGAAGAGGGAGAAGAGUGUGUUACGAUGCAUGAUUUAAUGAGAGAAAUGGCUUUAAAGAUUUCAAAGUUCUUGGUUAAAUUUGAGCUCGUUGAAAUUCCAGAGGAAAAACAUUGGACCGCUGAAUUGGAGAGAGUUUCCUUGAAUUCAAAUACAUUGAAAGAAAUUCCAAAUGACUUUUCCCCCAUAUGCCAUAAGCUUUCAACCUUGAAUUUGAGAAACUUGUAUUGGAAAACUGGCAUUAAAGAAAUCCCGGAAUCUUUCUUGUUGUACAUGUCACAGCUUCGAGUCCUUGAUUUAAGUGAUAACUAUCAGCUUAAGUGUCUUCCCAAUUCUAUCUCGAAUUUGGAGAAUCUUUGUGGAUUAUUUCUUAAAGGUUGUAGACGCAUUAGUUGUUUGCCAGCAAUGAAGAAGAUGGAGAAAUUGGGGGUGUUAAAUAUUGAAUAUUGUGAUAGAAUUAGGGAAUUGCCUCAAGACAUGGAAUGUUUAGUGAGUCUCCAAUAUCUACAUAUGAUGGGCACAAGCACAGACUUGGAGAUUCCAAAAGGGGUAAUAUCCAAACUAAGAAAUCUCAAAUGCAUCCAAUUGAACAACUGUGGGAGGUUGCAGAGUGAAGAUUUGAAUUGUUUGCCACAUCUUCAAGAAUUUUGGUGCUGCUAUGAUAAACUGCACGACUUCAACAGUUUGGUUAAAAAUCUUGAGCAACUGAAAUGCUACUACAUAUGUGUAACCAGUUUGCAUUUUCACAGGCAGAGUUUACCUUUGGGCAGUAAUGUGAAGAAGGUGUAUUUCAGGAGAAUCAACUUUACAUUAGUUUUGAUUCCUGCAAACAUUACUUCUUUACACAUUGAAGAUUGUGACGGGCUGAAUGGGUGCAUAGCAGACUAUUUCCAAUCAAUAAUGAGUAAUCUGAGAGAACUAGAAGUAGAUCAGUGCAGGGAAGUAGAGUGGAUUUUGAACAGCAAACAAAUAAUAGAAAAUGUAAGCAACACUGGUGCCACCCCAUUUAAGAGUCUUGAGGUGUUGGAUAUCUAUGACUUGCCAAAAUUAAUAAGUGUGUGUAAGGGAGAAGAUGUAAUUCUUCCAGAUAAUUGCACCUUCUCAUCCCUUAAACAUCUCGAAAUCUUUGGAUGUGAUAGUAUAAAGAAGUUAUUGCCAUAUGCAUUAUUGCAAAAUCUCAAAAACCUUGAGAAACUUGAUGUGAGAUACUGCUCUCAACUAGAAGUGGUAAUAGGAGGAGUUGGGGGGGAUGGAGAAGAAGAAGGUAGUAGUAAUACCCCAAUAUACCUCCCCAAGCUUAAACAAUUAUCUCUAAGUAACCUGCGAGAAUUGAAAAGCAUAUGCAAUGGUAGAGAAAUGAUUUGCCCUUCCAUUGAAGAAAUAAACAUUUGGUGUUGUACAAAUGUAAAGAGGAUGCCUUCAUUUCUUCCCGUUAAUGAGGCUACUGAACAACCAUACAUUCCUUCAUCCUUUCGAAAGAUCAAGUUAUUUGAAGAUGAGAAAGAAUGGUGGGAAUCGUUGGAGUUGCACGAUCCAAAUGCAAAAUACAUCCUUCAAUCUCACAUCCAAUGGUUGCAUCCAAUCGGACAACUGUGGGAGGUUGCAGAGUGAAGAUUUGAAUUGUUUGGAGCUGGUUUGAUGAACUGCACAACUUCAACAGGUUGGUUAGAAAUUUUGAGCGACUGAAAUGCUACAACAUAUAUGUAAGCAGUUCGAAUUUUCACAGGAAGAGUUUACCUUUGGGCAGUAAUGUGAAGAAGGUGUAUUUCACGGGAAUCAAUUUUACAUUAGUUUUGAUUCCUGCAAACAUUACUUCUUUAGAAAUUAAACAGUGUGAAGGGAUGAAAGGGUGCAUAGCAGACUUUCUCCAAUCAAUAAUGAGUAAUCUGAAAGAACUAAUAGUGCAGCAGUGCACAGAAGUAGAGUGGAUUUUGAACAGCAAACAAAUAAUAGAAAAUGCAAGCAA